AUUUUGAUCUUUUGCAGCAGAGAGUGAGAAAUGAGCGGGCAAGGCAAGGUGGUGUGCGUGACCGGAGCUUCUGGGUACAUAGCCUCAUGGCUGGUGAAGCUCCUGCUCCAAUGCGGCUACACCGUCAAAGCCACAGUUCGAGACCCAAAUGAUCCAAAGAAGACAGAACACUUGCUUGCACUUGAAGGUGCUAAAGAAAGGCUUCAUUUGUUUAAAGCAAACUUACUUGAAGAAGGAUCCUUUGAUUCUGUGGUUGAUGGAUGUGAUGGAGUAUUUCAUACAGCAUCCCCAGUUGUGAUGAUAGUUGACGAUCCCCAGGCACAACUAAUUGACCCAGCACUAGAAGGAACAAUGAGCGUUCUAGGAUCUUGUGCAAAAGUUCCAUCUGUCAAAAGAGUAGUUGUAACAUCAUCUAUGGCUUCAGUUGCAUUCAAUGGGAAACCUCUAGCUCCUGAUGUGCUAGUUGAUGAGAGUUGGUUUUCAGAUCCAGUUUUCUGUGAGAAAUCAAAGCUAUGGUAUAUGCUUUCAAAGACAUUAGCUGAGGAGGCUGCUUGGAAGUUUGCAAAAGAGAACGGGAUUGACAUGGUUACAAUAAAUCCGAGGGGGGGGGGGGGGGGGGGGGGGGGGGUUUUGAUUGGGCCUCUCUUACAGCCUACUCUUAAUCUAAGUGUGGAGGAAGUUCUGAAGCUACUAAAAGGUACUCUUCAACAAUUGAUGAGAAUCUCUUUUUUAUGUUUAUCUUUCUGCUCCAGUAGCAAUACAUGCUUCACUUCAAUAUUGAGUCAACUCUAUCCAACAGCCCUGCAAAUGGAAACUCAGAAGUUUAAAUCGAAACUUAUCAAUAAACCGUCACAAGACUUCCACAGUUCCACAUAAAAGGACUACAUAUGCAUUUUGAUAUAUGCUGACUAAUCUCCUAACAUUAAAAAAUUGUUCUCUCCUCUGGUCAUUAUAGUUAUAUCACCAAGAUACUCAUUUGGGAGAUUUGCAUAUGAGAUUAGAUGAAGAUAUAUUUCGUUUUGGCCUCCUAAGCCAGACUGGUUUGGAAGGACCCCUGGACUGUGAAAGGACUGAAAGCAUGGGUAUGCAAUUACUAUCUUGAACUUGACGUAUAUUUGCAUGCAAGUUCAAUCCAAGGGCAAGAACUUCUUAAAUAAUCCAUUAAUCCUUUUGAUCCAACCCAUCUAAAGUGGGGGUUCCCCGCAUCCAACUCCAUUGCAAAUGAGUUGUUCAUGUGCAACUCACUUGAUCAGUAUUUUUAAAAACUUCUACCAACUUUUUUGGACUAUUUUGCAGAUCUUAACAUUCUUUAAACAUUUAGAAUCAUUUCUAGUGGCUUUAUAGGGAAAUAUCAUGUUACUUUAUUGACAACUCUUACAAGAAUCAAUACUUCCAUAACUGUAUAGCCAAUAUGGUUUGUUUACUUACUAACCAACCUCUUCUGCCUCCAACUGACCUCCCCUGUAUCUUGCUUCAAUUAUGAGGGUGUUGCCAUUAGGUUGAGCAUUGGACAUAUGAUAAACCUGUGCCUUGAUGGCUGUACUCUGAUUCAUGGAUCCAGACCAUUGUCAUUGGGAUUAGACUUGUUGGUAGUUGCUUUAGUUCAAUGCUUGCAAUAACCAAAGUAAUUUGUCAUGCUGCUUUAGAACCAUUGGAUCUUUCAUAUGAAAUAAGAAAGGUAUUUUGUACAAAAUAAUGUUUUCAUGUGUAAUUUCCAACAUUACAUAAAGCGAUAAAUAGAAGUGUAUUUGCUAAGUGUGAUUGCAUCAUUAUCUAAGCAUUUCCGUUUGAGACAAACAGUCUAAGACGAAAAUGUGUGCUUCAAAAAUUUCAAAACAUUAAAAAUCAGUAAUGCAGAUAAGGGCAUUUAUAUGUACACAUAUUGAUCAGAAAAUAAACUCCAUCCUAUAGCAACCUAAAAACUCAAAAGAAAGAAGUAUAAUUUCCGAUAUGCAAGAUUUUGAUCAAUUAAAGUCCAAAGCAUUUUAUGUUCAUACAAAUGAGAAGACAGAAUGGCAGCUGACUUUGAGGAUUGAAAGAAAAAUGAAUUGAUGCUACUUCUCAAUGCUAAUGCCAUUAAUUUGUUGCUGCUUUUUGUUGCCAUGUCGAGCCUGUCCAUCAGAUAAGGUUUGAAUCGCUUCUAUUAUUCUUGUUUAAGACAAUCCCUUCUUUUUUUCCUUUUUUUUUUCUUUACAUAGUCAAUCAUCUUGUUUCAUGUUUGCCUUAUAGUUGGUCUGCUGAUGGUAGGCUUCUUUUGAGUGGAAGCAAGGACUCUAUACUGAAGGUAAAUUGUGGGAACUAUGUCUUUUUGUGGUAUAGAUGGGGUUAUCAUAUAGUUGAAUGAUUCUAUUGCUUCCUCAUAGCUUUUCAAGGCACUAAAAAAGAAAAAAACAAAGGUAGAACUAGGAAUAAUAUUUCGUCCUGAUUUCAGGCAUACUAUUUCCUUAUGAAGUCUUAUUUUGGUAAAUUACAGUUAGAUAUAAUCACAUGGCAACAUUUUUUCUUCCAAGUUUAAAUAGUAAUUCAGGAGAGUGUAUUAUGAAAAUAUACUAAAAUAAAAAAAUCCUAUGAAUGCAUUCUACUUUGGAUAUUUCUUAUGAAUCUUCCCCUGCACUCCUGACCACCACAGACACUCCCAUCACACCAAGCCUUGUAGUUGUUCUAAAUUGUUGCAAAUAUGUUAGAAACCAAUUACUAAUAUUAAGGACGGUCAUGUCUACUAAUUUUGGGCUAGAAUUUUUAGAGCAGGUGAGAAAUUAUGGUUGCAGUAGGGAAUGUGAGUGCUUCUAUUUUGCCAAAGUGGCUUUCCUUAUUCAUGUUA